AUGGCUACCAUCGCCCCCGCCCGUAGCGACUCCCCCGCGAAUCCUGUUCAGAGAAUAACCUCUCCCUCAAUCCCCAGUCCAGGCGGGACGCCCUCAUCGUCAGUCCGUCCCUCGGUCGAUCUGCCCAGGAACAAUGCACCCUCUUCUUCUCCCUCUUUACAACAGAAUGCCACCCUAGCAGGCCCCGCUUCGACAACGCAAAGGCGCAAUCGUGCCGCCCUUCGGGACUACUACAAUCUCAAAUCCAAAGGUGCUUCUGCCGCAGUCCACGAGCAUCGAGAUAUAAGCCGCACCGCGAGCAUUACCUCUACGGCCUCCGACUCCACGAUAGCCACGACCUCCACUGCCGUCCCAGAGACCACAACCUCGUCCCUCACGGCGCACUUGGACGACCCCACUUUCGACACCGAAACAUUCGUCUCCGACCUCUUGAAGACUGCAAGCCUGCGUGACAUCCUGAAAACCGAAAGCGCACUGGUCAGCGAGAUCAGGACGCUCGAUGGCGAGAGGAAGGCUCUAGUUUAUGACAAUUACAGUAAGCUAAUCAAGGCCGUGGGGACCAUCGCCGAGAUGCAGAAAGGGAUGCACAAGGACAAGGAGCAGGACAUUCGGGCGAGCGUGCUGGCCAGACAGAAGGGGGAGCAAAAUCCCGGCCUCGGCGGAGUGGCAUUGCUGGGGGAGAAAUUGGACGGGUUGCUGAAAGUUGUAAAAGAGUUCAGUCCAGGGACAGCGGACGGCGAAAGGGCGACGCAGUCGGUGGAGGCGAGGCGGAAGAGGACACAAAAGGAGACCGUUCGGUGGGCUCUGGAUGCGCCCGUGCGGCUGCAAGAAAUGAUGGAUCGAGGACAAAGGGAAGAGGCUGAGCGGGAGUAUAUUUCUGUUACCGAAGUGCUAGAAAAUUGGAAAGGUGUCCGUGGUGUCGAGGAGCUGCGAGGCAAAUGUGCAAAGGUGAUGGAGAAUACAAAGGAGGAAACAAGUGCAAGUGAGCAAGGAGACUCGGGUUGA